CCAUCACUAAAUCAGAUUGUCGCAAGCAAUGAACAAUACUGAAACUUUUCUGAACUAUUUGCGUCGUCGGGCUGAAAAUAAAUGUCUUUUAGAGGUUACAAAACUGAUUGAACAUGUCGAAAAAUACGGGUGUGAAAAUAAAUCACAGGAACAAAGAAUUCUGGAUGAACUCAUCCGUCUUGCUAUCAAUGAUAAUUCAAUUCCCUACGAGUAUGUAGUAAGUGUUGUUGGCUGGAUGACACACCUUCAAGAGCAAAAUAAACUUGUAUGCUUGAGCGGGUCACAAUUUGAUCAGGUUAUCCAAUGCCUUUUUCGGAUUUUAGAAAACUACAACAAUGAUUUGAAUUUGUUGCCGAAAUUAUGUACUGUGUUUGCUGUUCUUUUUACAACACAUCCAAUAAACAACACUGCACACUUCGUUCGAAUUGCUAGAGGACUAGUGAGCCACCUCCAUUGGGACAGUGGAACGGACGUAGUUGUAAAUAUUAUUCGGUGUCUUGAGAGUAUACUUGGUAUUUUGAGUUAUGGACAAACAAAUCUUGCCAUUGAUAUUCUGGAGGCAUGUGAGGAAAUUGGAGAGAAAAUGCUAUAUAUAUUUUACAGCAGCUGUAAUGUUUUUACAUCAAAAUUAGAAGACGAUAUUAUGCCAAUGUAUUUGUCACAUUCACUGCAGUUGAUUAAUCGUAUUAUCUCCAUAAACUCGGAGUUCUGCAGAAAACAUAUUUCAGAACUUUUAGGAAUAUCAAGAGCGUAUUUACAUUUCGGCAUCGAACAGUAUGAUGGUGCAUUGUCAGCACCGCAGAAGGUGUACAUGUCACAGCAAGCUUUAUAUGAUUCAGCCGAAGAUUAUGAUUCGAACCUUAAUUCCGAAAGGAUUCGGAAAUGUGGUGGCAAAGCCCAAAAAACCCGCAAACCUCGUCUUAAGACUAAUAACACUGAUCGGAAACCGUCCAAUGCCGGUCCGGAAGGAAAAAUGGGGCUUUUGACAAUGGAUAUGAAAACCAGUGACUCUGAAACGUCUGAGCAUGAAUGCAUAGGAAAUAGUGUACUUUUUGAAAGAAACAAAAUGGCAAAGAUUCGUUUAACAUCAAUAUCAUUAGUCGGAGCUAUAGCAAAGGCGGUUGAACGAAGGGUUUUAUAUGGAUAUUGGCAUGUCUUAUUUCCUAGUGGAACAGGUGAAUCCGCAGAUAAUUUGCUCUAUAUAGGCCAACACGACCCCAGCAUGCGUUGCAGAUGUGCUGCGUUACAAGUUUGUGCUCAACUUUUAUAUGGCUCUAAAGGAUUUUUACAUCAGGCUGAGAUAAAUAUAAAACGCUGCCCUUCUACGUUUAUACCAUUUUCCGUUAGCCUUGGACAUACGAUAGUUGCUAUAUAUCGGGCUUUUACAGCGAUGCUUUCGACGGAAAAUUCUUUACCUGUACUCACUCAAGCUUUAAAAUGUUUAGCAGUCUUGGUCCAAGCAACACCAUUUCAGAAAUUUGACAAGGCUUUUGUGCAAAACUUGGUAAAGCAUGUAAAACCUCUUAUUUAUCAUCGCGAUGCUGCCAUUCAAGUGUCAUCCUUAAUGGUAUUGGAGUUUCUGAUAAGCUCAACAGACACUUGUAUAGAAAUAGCUGAGGCUUUGGGAUUUCCCGGUGGUACUAGCAAAAGAAGUAUGACUAUACCUCCAAAUCCACUUGGCGAAGAAGAUUUGGAUAUAAUAGAUGAUGAAGAAUUUGUGGAAUCAGAUUUAAGCGACGAAGAAAAAUUUAAGGAUGAAAUUGUGUCGAUAAAAAAGAAAGACAAUGUUUCCGAACAUUUACCAAUGAGUGAAAACUCUUGGUUAAUUGUGCGUUUGCUACAUAAUCUAACAUAUAACGACAAUGUUACAGUACCCGCAUCGAUACGAAUAGAAAGUUUGCAGGUAUUAACAGCAAUGAGCUCACAUUUCGCUAUGGUAAAGGCCCAUCUACCCAAGAUCUCUGUUGUGCUGCAAAAAUCCAUGAAUGAUUCUCUUCCAGAUGUUCGCUUAUAUGCUGCACGAUGCAUAGAUAGCUGUGCUUUUCAGAUAAGUCGUCAAGUAAUGGAAUCCACUGCCUCAUCUUCCUUUCAAACAGACAUUCAAAAUUUUAGCACAUUUUGGAUGAACAUGGUUCCAAUUGUAAUGGAACAUAUUCGAAGGGAUAAGGAGGAAGCAAGCACUGUACGAACUGUCUUAUGUGAUGCUCUUUCCAAUAUCGGUGUGGUUAUGUUUGAAAACUGUUCGCAGUCCAUGCAACUGGCUUUGUUGAGUUUCCUUUCUGGGGUUAGUUCAGACUGUUCUGAUGAGCCUAUCGUUCGAGCAACGGCUGUACGAGCAUUAGCCGUUUAUGUACUCUAUCCUUCGUUGCGUGGUGACCUGGUAUUUGUAGAAAAUACGGCAGAUCUAAUUUUGCGUCUCGUAGAGAAUUCAAACUUACUUGUUCGUGUCAAAUCAUUUUGGGCAUUGGGCAACAUUAGUGAUGCCUUAAUAGCCAAAUUUGUUGAAGCCAAAGAAAAUCCGGAAAGAAUUUCUGACGACCUUCUCUAUCGAAUGAUAAAAGCGUCCACAACUGCUUGUGGUGAUAACGACAAAGUCCGAUGUAAUGCUGUUCGUACUUUGGGAAAUCUACUGCGUCUGUUGACAGAGGAACAUUUAAAAAUGGAGAAUGUACAAAGAGAUUGGCGAGAUUUGUUUGAAAAAUCAAUUUGUAAACUUACCGAUUGCAUACGAUCUUCUAGUAAUGCAAAAGUUAAAUGGAACACUUGCUACGCCAUAGGCAACAUUAUGCACAACCACAUAAUAUUCGGGAACGAAGCCACUACGGAUUUAUCAAGCUGGCAACAGACACUGUACACGGCUCUGUGUCACGUUAUUGUCAAUCACUCCAAUUUUAAAGUCCGUACGAAUGCUACAGCAGCUUUAGUGAAUAUAUCGGAGCGAUCACAUUUUGGCAGCUACUUUGAGAAGUUUUGGUCGUGUAUAUUAGAGGCCAUUGAACAGUCACAUCAUUUAGAAAACUUCCAUGAAUAUAAUCACCGUGAUAACUUACAGGAACAACUGUGUUUAGCUCUGGCACAUUUCAUCCUCAUUUCGUACAAUGAAGAUUGGCCCAUGCUCAAGAGGCAGCUCUCAACGAAUAUUGAUGUCGUGAGGAGUACAUGGAAACGUGUUAUCCUCCGGAUGAUACCAGAAAAAGCGGCACCUCUUCUUUCAUGUCCCGUUAUUCUAGCCGAACGCUCGAAGCAAUCACAAAACAUAAGCAUGGAACAAAAGUUUGCGGGUGAUUUUAUAUGCAAUGCCUUAACCAUAGAAUAAAAUUUAAAUAAAAACACAUAAAUUUCAUCUUUGUAAUUUAUUCGACUUCGAACAUAGCUUAUAACCAUAAUAAUACAUAUAAUUACAAUUUCGCUAUUUUUGUUGAAUACACUAA